AGACGGAACGUGCGGCUUCAGAACCAAAGGCAGCAGCGUUUGGCUUCGCAGUCGGACGGCCUAUCGGAGCACCGCCCCGGGCCGGAAGUCACCUUGCAGCAGCUUUCUCACGAGAAGGCUGGGUGCGGAGUGGGACCCGGAGGGCAGUUUAAAGGUCCACGGCGCUAUGGCUCAUUCAGGCUCUCGCAAGCGCUCGAGGAGCCGCAGCCGGUCCCGGGGGCGAGGGUCAGAAAAGAGAAGGAAAAAGAGCAGUAAGCAUACCCGGAAGAGCUGUUCGGCUUCUAGAUCUCAAGGCCGCAAGACCAGCACCACCUCCUCUGGGGCAGAGGAGAGAAGCAAACACAAGGUGCAGAGGAGACCACGGUCCAGCUCCUCCUCCUCUUCUUCCAGUUCUUCUAGCUCCUCUUCCUCCUCGUCCUCCUCCUCUUCCUCUAGCGAUGGGCGGAAGAAGCGGAAGCACAAGGACAAGAAGAGAAAGAAGAAGAAAAGGAAGAAGAAGCUAAAGAAGAAAGGCAAGGAGAAGAUGAAGGUGCAGCAGCCUGAGACUCUGCCAGGCCCCUCGCUGGACCAGUGGCACAGAUCCACUGGGGAGGAAGAGGAUGGCCCAGUCCUGACAGAUGAGCAGAAGUCGCGCAUCCAGGCCAUGAAGCCCAUGACUAAGGAGGAGUGGGAUGCGCGGCAGAGUGUCAUACGCAAGGUGGUGGAUCCCGAGACGGGGCGCACCAGGCUCAUCAAGGGAGACGGCGAGGUCUUGGAGGAAAUUGUAACCAAGGAACGACACAGGGAGAUCAACAAGCAAGCCACCCGAGGGGACGGCCUGGCCUUCCAGAUGCGGACGGGCCUGCUGCCCUGAGGGCCCCGCCAAGGUCUCCGGACAUUGUUCAUGGCCCAACAGGGAGGCAGCAGGAAGCCAGAUGGGUGCCGUUUGUCUCUGGCGGACUGGCCUCUGGCUGCCUUCUCUCAGGUGCGGGGGGGGGGGGGGGGACCAGGGUGACUGUCCUAAUCAGUUCUUCUGAAAGUGCACAGCUUUCCAGACAUUAAACAUUCCCUGGUUGGAGA